AUAUACACAUUUUCAUUUUCUCUCUUCUCUCUUCUCUCGAAACUUCCUUCAGUAAAAUACAAAUUCCUGUAAUCGUUAUCAGUUUUCUUGGAAUUCGCAGAUUGUUGUAAGGCUGUCGCCCUGGACUGGCGCCAUGAUCCACAGUUGUGUGGUCUAUUUCAAAUCUUUUUCCAUCCGUCUCUCUUUUGGUUUCCAUGGAUCGUCGGCAUGCAUCUGAUGUUCAAUUCGAAUCGAAAAUGCCCUUUUUAACAUGAUGCUAAAAUCAUACGGGUUCAAGCUAGCCGAUUGCAUAACCAGGCUCUAAAAAAUCAAUAAUCAAUCGAUUGAGCUGCUUGAGCCCUGAUCAGUAAUCAUUGAAAUGAAUUCGAUUUGUUGCUGUCAGUGUGGCGAUGACCUGGAAGAAUUUCCCACAAAUGCUAUAUAUAGACACUGCCUCUGCUUACGAUUCUUUUUCCACCAAUUAUUUUCUGGAUAUGGUGCAUUGUUUCAGAGGAUCGAAGGGCUACCAGUUUCAUCUCCCAUUCAAGGAACUGCAUCAUCUUCUGUUGGCUUCACACUUCCAACUUCUUUAAACGAUGAAAUCCACUCAUCCACAAGACCUUUACCUUACGAAUCAGACCAUAGAUUUUCACGUCUGCAACGUGGCCUGGUGUCAAGACGUGAGAAAUCAAUGACACAUUUCCAAGAGGAUUCACAAGCACUCAGAAGGAGCAUGAGUAGUUCUGGUAUGGAAUUUUUGGAUUUUGGAAAGAGAAAAUCCGGUAUUGAUUCUACAGAUGAUUCCAAAUGUGGACUUCCAGAGUCUUUGGAGAAGGUGAAAGUUCCAGAAGGGGUACCCUACGAGCAAUCUUCAGACAAUGAAGAUGUCUGCCCUACAUGUCUUGAAGAAUAUACUUUGGAGAAUCCUAAAAUAGUGACACAGUGCUCUCAUCAUUUUCACCUUGGUUGUAUAUAUGAAUGGAUGGAAAGAAGUGACACUUGUCCAAUGUGUGGCAAGGUGAUGGAGUUCUGUGAAAGUCCAUAGCUAUUUUAUGGAGUUUGAGAGGUUUUAAAGCAACUUGUAUUGUUAAUAAUGGAAAUUAAGUUUACUUAUCGCUAACCAAUACUAGGCUUAUGUCAUCUCCAUUUUAAACUCCAUGGGCUAUUAUUAUAUAUGUAAUGAUUAAUAGAAUGUUUCCAUUUUUGUCA